CAAGUCUUCUUCCAACAAAAAAACACGAAACCUGUUUAAAAAUCUUCACCCGGAACGAUUCUUCUCCACUUCUCACAUUUCCCCAUGAACGCCAGAGCUUAUCUCUUCUCUUUCUCUCCCGAUUUUCACGCUCUCCACAGCCACAAGGCCUCAUCCGAUUUUCCGCUCCCAAAGAAGAGACUGUUUCGGUUUCGGUUUCAAGACCGGACAUGCGUUUUUCGUGUUUCGGGCCGAAACGCGGGGGAGUUCAAGGGCUUAGCCCGGAGGGAAAUUGGGAAAGUUUUUGCGGAAGUUAAAUCGGAGCAGGUGAAGUUUCGGGAGGCUCUGGACGACGUCGUUUUAGGGGAAGAGGAUUUGGAGGGUGAUGUUCCGUGGUGGGAACAGUUUCCGAAGAGAUGGGUCAUUGUGAUUCUGUGUUUUUCCGCUUUUCUUCUCUGCAAUAUGGAUAGAGUAAAUAUGAGCAUUGCGAUACUUCCCAUGUCGGCCGAGUUCAAUUGGAGUCCAACUACUGUUGGUUUGAUUCAGUCUUCUUUCUUCUGGGGCUACCUGCUUACUCAGAUUGCUGGCGGAAUAUGGGCAGACACAGUUGGAGGGAAGCUUGUCUUGGGAUUUGGCGUCGUUUGGUGGUCUAUUGCCACCAUUCUUACUCCAAUAGCUGCCAAGAUUGGGCUUCCAUUUCUACUUGUUGUCCGUGCUUUCAUGGGGAUUGGCGAGGGUGUUGCUAUGCCUGCAAUGAAUAAUAUUCUCUCAAAGUGGGUUCCUGUAGCAGAGAGAAGUAGAUCGUUGGCAUUAGUGUACAGUGGGAUGUACCUUGGAUCUGUUACUGGCCUAGCCUUUUCACCAUUUUUAAUCCAUUCUUUUGGCUGGCCAUCUGUAUUUUACUCCUUUGGUUCUCUAGGAACAGUUUGGCUUGCAACAUGGCUAAGUAAGGCAUACAGUUCACCUCUUGAAGAUCCUGAACUGCUGCCUAAAGAAAAGAAGUUGAUUGUUAGCAACAGUGUAUCCAAAGAACCCGUUAAAAAAAUACCAUGGAGACUAAUCUUGUCAAAACCACCUGUAUGGGCCCUAAUAGGGUCUCACUUCUGUCACAAUUGGGGGACAUUUAUUCUUCUAACAUGGAUGCCCACAUACUAUAACCAAGUUUUGAAGUUCAAUCUUACAGAAUCUGGGCUUUUGUGUGUGUUGCCCUGGCUUACAAUGGCGUUUUCUGCUAAUCUUGGAGGGUGGAUAGCAGAUACACUUGUGAGCAAAGGUUUAUCUGUCACCACAGUUCGCAAGAUCAUGCAAACGAUUGGAUUUCUUGGCCCAGCUUUCUUCCUAACUCAACUAAGCCAUGUUAAUUCUCCUGCAAUGGCUGUCUUGUGCAUGGCAUGCAGUCAGGGAACUGAUGCAUUCUCGCAGUCUGGUUUAUACUCAAACCAUCAAGAUAUUGCCCCUCGAUAUUCUGGAGUAUUGCUUGGACUAUCCAAUACCGCAGGGGUGCUGGCAGGUGUCUUAGGAACAGGAGCAACUGGCUAUAUCUUGCAACAUGGUUCUUGGGAUGACGUCUUCAAGGUCUCGGUUGGGUUGUAUUUGGUUGGAACCGUGAUCUGGAACCUCUUCUCAACCGGUGAGAAAAUCUUGGAUUAAGUCUCUCAGAUGAAUUGAAAAUUCAGCAGUGCUCACUCGGCUCCGCACACCUGAGAGUGCGACCAAGAGAAUGCAAAGAAGAAGACAAGGAAGAGGCUAGCAAUCUGAUCCAUUCAAUUCUUGAGCUCGAAGGAUUGGUGAAAUUUUUUCUGCAUCACCAAGAAGCAAGAAGCCUAUGAAAACGGUGGAGCUUCCAUCUCAAUGUAGCAAAGAUAUAUACAAAAGUAGCCUGACCUGUAUAUGUUAUAUAUUCAAUACUCGACACAUCAUCUUGUGAUCAUGCAGUGAAUAUACAUUCUUUUUAA